CAUAAAAAAAAAUCUCUAUGGUUGCAAUUUUGUGGAAGACGCUAAACACUUUUUGUUUUCGUAAAACUAUUAUUUGUACAUUGUGAGUUAAUCAGCGAAUGUUAAUAUAUUAAAGUGCUAACAUAAGAUGUAUUCGACAACAUCUGAAGACUUGAGCCGGGAUCAUUUGGCUCUGCAAGUUACGAAUUGCCUAAAGAAAAUAGUGGAGAACCAUCAAACCGUAACUGAAUUACACAAGGAAUUGGUAGAGAUCGACCUGUCCUUUGCUGCUUACAUCGAGGAAAGUAAAAAUCGCAUUCAAAACCAUCGUUUGAACCUUGCACGUCAGGCUAAAAGUUCCCAAGAAGUAGUCGAAAUACUCUCUGAGAAAUAAUUCAAACCAUGUCAAACUCUCCAGCUACUCCUCGCAAACAAAACAAUAUUACCAAAUACAAACUAAAAACAUACAAAGAAGACAAUAACAAUGCCACCAAUAAGUUUACCGAGCGCCAGCAAGCACGCACAUUCAUUUCCUGGUACAAACGCAUGAUUGACCAUGAGAGGCAGAACAUCGGCUUGUAUCUAUCAGAUGAUGCCAUCUUUGAGUGGUUCGGCAGAACCAUUAAAACUAGAAAGAAAGUUCAAUCAUUCAUGAGAUAUGACAUGCAGUGCUCCCGCCAUGAUUUUACAACUGUCGAGAGCAUUGAUAAAGUCCAAUUAAGGCAUGAAAGAAUUAUCAGUAAGAGAAAGGAUGAUACGGUUCUAGCUAGCCCUCUGCAUUCACCUGAGCUAAUAAGUUCCAAGUCAUCAGCUAAGAAAAGGUUGCUCAGAUCUAACUGUAACAGCCCUGAAUGGGCAGAGGGCUGCCAGCCUGAUGAUAAAAGCACAGAAAGAAAAAGGCUAAAGAGCAGACAUAUUGAAUCUCUGCAUGAUGACCAACAUAACAGCUUAAAACGCUGUCACCCAGACUCUGAUGUCAGUAGCAAGGGUGAUGGUAUUGUAGAAAGAAGGCAGAAACAAAAGUGUAUUGCUGUCACACCACCUAAUCAUGAGCUUGGACAAGGGGAUUGCUUGCCCUCUACAAGCGCCAAUACAGCAUCUCAUGAGGCACUUAAUGCUCAGCUGCCAAAACUUGCAGUAGAGUGUAACGGGUACAUAGAAUUCACUAGAACUAGAAACAACCGCAGUAUGGACUGCAUGAAAUGGGAGAGGAAAUGUAAAGUGCAAAUCAGUUACUCGGAAGACCCAUUGAACGUUGGGGAGUAUAUCAUUUGGUCUUUACAUUAUAUUGACGAAACCAAGUGUCGGAGAAAUCUGAUGGCUGCCUUCGAAGCAGCGGCCCAGGAUGAAGAAUCGAAUAAGAUCAAGUGAUUUUUGGUAUUAAAUUUGAUUGUUUUAGCAUUUUUAUUUUAUAAAACUAUAUUAUAAAUGAUGCUAUAUUCGUCACAGAAUGCAUGUUGAUAUGGCCGGUUAAUUUCAGUUUUGCAAUUGCAUAUUUUCAUAUACAUUUGCUAACCUUGUGAUAUGAUAGUUAUAUUUUUAUUUGUUACAACAUUUAUUAUUUUAUGUAUUGUGUUCCUGAUAUAAGAAUAUCUUUACCUUUUGACAGAGCCUUAGGGUGUAUGAACUUUAUGUUAUGAUAGUAUGUUGGUCUUCCAAACUUGCUUCUAAAAAUUAAAAUAUUGUUAGUGGUAGCAAUACCAUUACUAUAAUUAUUACUUUUAAGUUGACAUUAAGAGAAUAUGUUAUGAAAUAUGAAUAUUGUGAUGAUAAGGUGUAGAUAUUUCUUGUAUUGAUAUUCUGUUCAGCAGAUAGUUUUCGCAUAUACUUAUUAAUAGUAAAAAUGUUAAUUCACAAUGUAAUGUACUUCAUGUAAUUUUUGACUGUCUUAAACAAUUUUACCUGUAGUAAAAUGUAAGAUCUCUAUAUUUUAGUUAUCUUUUGUAGCCGUAUAACUGACUGAUUAUCAAAUAA